AAGCCGCAAAAAAUGGCGAUCGACGAAAUGUACCUUGAGAAUUUGGAGGAGUUUGUUUUCGAUGAGGACAAGAUUGUGACAUAUAAAUGGUUGAGCAGGUCUCUAGCAGUCCAUGUGAAUGCAGCAAAACAAAUGCUAUAUUCAUUUGUGGAUCAUCAGAGAAAUAAGAAAGAUGUUGAUUCUCUCAAUGUAACCUACUUAGUCUGUGGUGUGAAGGGGGAGGACAAGGGAAAUAUCACUCAUCAUGUUGAGAUUGUUGGAGAGGAGAGACUCAACGCUGUCAAGUCAACCUACAAACAGAUUACAAGUUGUCAUGUAUAUAGCGUACAGAAGUCCAAGCUCAAGGAUUCUAAUGCAUUAUAUAUGGUGGACUAUGAAUUAUUGAAGACACAGAUAUUCAACUCGAACCAAUAUAGCGCUAUAACAUGUAAGUUAGCAAAGCCGAGGUCGCGAGAUGAAAUAGCUAAAUUACAAUCAACAUCAGUGGUCGCAUCCAGACAGGAAGAACCACCCAACAAGUCAACUUCAAAACAGACAAAUGGAACUUCUAAAGCCAAACCCAAAGGCUUGGUGGGAAUGUUUGGUAAAGCCGCUGAGAAGAAAAAAGAUGAUUCUGUGGUAGAGACGGAAAAAACAAAAAGCCCAGAGAAAAAGAAGGAACCAGAAAGUAAAGGCAAAGGCAAAAUGGGGGCAACAUCCUUUUUUGGUAAAUCAAGUACAGCUAAAACGAUGAGUAAACCAGCCCAGGAGGCCGCACCUGCUCCACCUGAAGUGAAGAAGGAGACUACUAUAACAGCAACAAAGGGGAAGAAAACUGUUAGAGUUGAAUCUGACGAUGACGAUGAGGUUCAACAGAUAAAGCGUCGUCGCAUCAAAGCAUGGGAGAGCAGUAGUGAAGAGGAGGACAUCGAGAGUCCCGUCCCGUCACCCCCUCCGUCACCGACCCCCAUGGAAGAGCAGGACCCCACACCUACAAAAGAACCAUCCCCAGUGAAAAUAGAAGUGGUCGAGAAGACAGUGCCAUCUGGUGGUGGUGAUGGUAAACAGAGACGAGUGCGGAAACGGAAACUGGUUCCAAAAACCUAUAUGGAUGAUAAAGGCUAUAUGGUUACAGAGAAGGUGUGGGAGAGUGAUUCAACAGAUGCAUCAGAGGUCGAGGAGAUUGUACCGCCUCCACAGAGUAAACCAAAACAACAGGAAAGUAAAGCAGGAAAAAAGAAGACGGCAUCUCCGCCCAAGAAGACCAAACAAGCAUCGUUGAUGAGUUUCUUCGGGAAGAAGUGAGCUUGAUGGACGUCUUUCUGUUAAAAUGUGAUGUUUAUCCCCCUAAUACUCAGGGGUGUCGCUCAAGUGAACCAGGGCAAUGUCUGCCAAUUACUGGACAUUUUUGCUACGAAACAUUUGUGAAGAAUAUGAAUUUGGUGCUGCUUCCCUAACCUGUGUUACAAGGGGACAUGCCUUGGGAGAUUGAUCCCGUUUUCUUGUGUCUCAUUGUGAAGCCUUGAAGAAGAUUUACUUGAUAAUCUGUGCCACCACUUUAUAUAGAAAGAUGGUCACAACUUUAAAGGAAAUAAUGUCAGAUUGUUUACAAGUGAAAAAUUGUGCUCAAUCCUUAAGCCAUGAUCUGAUCCUUGAGCCAUGAUCUGAUCCUUGAGCCAUGAUCUGAUCCUGGAGCCACAAUGUGUAAUGAAUGGACAUGCAAUAAAAUAUGCUAUAUUAA